AGCCUGCGGUCCGCGCCUGGCAGCUCUCCCUGGAAGGCGGUGGUCCCAGCGAAGUCUGGGUCCGGGGUCCGCGACCUGGUGCGAUUUGGGAGCGCGACUACUGCUGCGUCCGCACGUUAAAAAGGGAAGAUAAAAGACUUUUUGAUUCAUGAAGAAUCUGCUCACUGAGAAGUGUAUAUCAAGACACUGCCAAAUUUCCAUCAAAAGAGAAGUAAGCAGAGAAUGCAGAGGAAGGUGGACUCCAGGUCUUUUAAGGAUGGUGCAGUUAAGAAAACUUAUCCUCCAAAGAUACUGACCAACCAGAAGUCUUCUGCCUUCUCUGGGAUGCGGAGUGAGAUACCUAGUGCCAGUCAUCCAGUUCAGUAUCAUGCCUCACGUGGUUGGACCCAAAGGAACCGGUUACGAGAGUUGCGUAUCAGAUGCGUGGCCAGGAAGUUCUUAUAUUUGUGGAUUCGAAUGACUUUUGGAAGAGUAUUUCCCUCUAAAGCCAGGUUUUACCAUGAGCAAAGAAUACUUCGGAAGGUCUUUGAAGAAUGGAAAGAAGAGUGGUGGGUUUUCCAGCGAGAGUGGAAACUCUGUGUUCGAGCAGACUGUCACUACAGAUAUUACUUAUACAACCUGAUGUUCCAGACCUGGAGGACCUAUGUGCAUCAGCAGCAGGAGAUGAGGACCAAGUACAUUAGAGCCGAGAAUCAUGAUGCAAGGCAGAAGAUGAGGCAGGCCUGGAAGUCCUGGCUGAUCUACGUGGUUUUUCGUAGAACCAAACUUGAGAUGCAGACCACCGCCCUGGAGUUUAGGCAGCAGAGUAUUUUGUGGCUGUGGUGGAGCCAGUGGAGGGAGCAACUGGGACAGGUGCGUGUGGGCCAUGCCCUGCUUGCGUCAGCUGUGAAGCACAGGGCCCUGAGCCUCCAGCUGCAGGCCUGGUCACGGUGGUGGGAACAACUCCUACACGUCCAGAGGGAGAGAUGGAAGAUGGUCUCCGCAGUGAAACACCAUGAGCACUGGCAAAAGUGGAAAUCCCUGAAGGCCUGGCUCAAAUACCUGAGGGUCCGCAGAGUGAAGAGACAAUGGAACGAGAUGGCUGAGCGAUUCCACCGGGUCACUAUGCUCCAGACACACUUCUGUGAUUGGCAGUGGGCCUGGGAGCGGAAGGAGAGCUUGUACGCCCAGCACGCCCAGGUGGAGGGGCUGGCCCGGAGGAUGGCUCUGCGGCGGGCCUUCACUCACUGGAAACACUAUGUGCUGCUGUAUGCCGAAGAAGCGGCCCAGUGGAAGGUGGCGGAAGAACACAGGAGGCGCAGCUUGCUGCACUUCUGUUUUCGAGCCCUAAAAGACAAUGUGACCCAUGCCCAUCUCCAGCAAAUAAGAAGGAAUCUCGCUCACCAGCAGUAUGACAUCAUGCUGCUGCACAGGUUCUGGGACCUCUGGCAGACUCGGAUUGAGCAGAGAGAAGAGAGAGAGCAGCUCCCCUCACUGUGUGCUGCCUGGGACCACUGCAGAAUAACGUUGCUACGCAAGUGUAUCAAAUCGUGGUUACAGUAUACUCAGAAGAGGCGAUACAAGCAGCGGCUGCGGUCCAGAGCAGACAGUCACUUCGAGCAGAGAGUCCUGCCUGCGGCCUUCCGCACAUGGAGAAGAUUCUGGCGAUGGCACCAGCAGGAAAGUGUCCUCAGUGCGAGAGCAGCACGCUUUCACAGGGAGACGUUGGAGAAGCAAGUAUUUGCUAUUUGGUGGCAGAAAAUGUUUCAGCAUCGAGAAAACCGCUUGGCGGAGAGAAUGGCCAUCCUUCACUCAGAGCGGCAGCUCCUGCAGAGGUCCUGGUCCACGUGGCACCAGCAGGCAGCAGCACGUCACCGGGAGCGACAGUGGACAGCAGCGGCCUGGGCCCACCGCCGCCACUGCCAGCUCAGGAGGGCUUUCUGCAUCUGGAGGGACAGUGCCCGAGGCCUCAGGACAGAGAAGACCGGCCUGGUGCUGGCUGCAGAGUUCCAGGCCGCUCGGCUCCUGCGCCAGGCCUGGGACAGGUGGAAGGAGGGCCUGGCCCUGCACGCUGCUGAGCGGCGGAAGCUGACACGCGCCCGCCUGCAUCACCGGCGCACCUUGCUGCGCGGGGCGCUGCGCACCUGGGCGACGUACCAGAGCCGCGUGCGGAGCGUCCUCCAGGAGGUGGCGGCCAGGGAGAGGCAGCACGCGAGGCGGCUGCUUCGGUGUGUGUUCCGUCGCUGGAGAGAGAACACCCUGGCCCUUGUGACUGAAGCCCAGCAAACCUCCCGAGCAAGCGCUCACUACCGGCGAACCUUGUGUUCCAAGGUCCUGGUGCAGUGGCGGGAGGCUGCAUCUGUGCAGAUAUAUUACCGACAGCAGGAGGACUGUGCCAUCAAGGAGGCCCGGAAGGUGCUGGAUAAGGGCUGUCUCAGGACGUGGUUUCGGCGCUGGCGGGACCGAGGCCAGAGGGCGGCCCAGCAGAGAGCCCAGCUCAGGAGGGCGGCUGCGCAUCACGGCCGGUGGUGGCUGCGGCAGGCCGUGGCCCGGUGGAAGGCGCACCAUCUGGGCUGUGUCAGGAAGCGGCUCCUGCAAAGGCGGGGUGCCCAGCUCCUGGCCCAGACCCGCAGCCGGGCCUGCUUCCGCCAGUGGAAACAACAGCUGGCGAACAGGAGGCGCGAGCAGCAGGGCACAGCCCGGGCCCUGUGGUUCUGGUCCUUCUCACUACAGGCAAAGGUGUGGGCCGCGUGGCUGGGCUUUGUGCUGGAAAGGAGGAGAAAGAAGGCGCGUCAGGAGCGGGCCAUACAGGCCUACCACCGGCAGCUUCUCCAGGAGGGCGCCACACACCUCUUGCGGUUCGCAGCCGGCAUGAAGGCCUUCCGGCAGCAGCUGCAUGCCCAGCAGCAGGUGCAGGCAGCUCACAGUCUCCACCGUGCGGUCCAUCACUGUGCCAUGCUCUGGAAACAGAAGGUUCUGGGCCAGGGCAGGGAGCCUCGGCCCCUCACGUGCACCAUGCCCAGCAGGAGAGUGACAUUUGACAGACCCCUUUCCACCUGUGUCGCGGCUGGGGCUGGGGAUGCCGCCCUGGAGACCAAGAAGCCACGAGAUCCUCAUGGGCCCCGAGGAGCUCUGGGCAGCCUGUCUCUGGCUGCUGGGGACCCCCACCUCCUAGAGCUCAAUGCUGCCCGCUUGGCAAGAAAGCAGCCUCGACGCCCACACUUCCUGCUGGAGCCGGUGCCGAGCCAGAGGCCUGAGGCACCGAGGGCGUGCGACCCAGGUGUGGCCCAGCCCGCAGGCCCUGCCCUGACGAGGCCUUUCCUGCCAGUGGCCUGGACAGCACUGGUCCCAAGCAGCCCCCUGCCCCAGCCCGGGGCCCUGCCGGGUCACCCUGGCCCGAGGCUGCCCCCCACGUUGAGUACAGGCCCAGAGCUGCUGCCCCCUUCGUCCUUCAUGCCAUGUGGGGUGCAAGCACCUGCCAGGGCGUCUGCACAGCCCACCACCCCUGGGCUCAUAGCCCAGGCCUCGCCAUCCCCAGCCAGUGUCCCUCACUCCGGCCUGCUGCUUCCUGGGGACUUCACAGGCACCGGCGGGCCUGGCUCUGAAAGCACGGGUACGCAGCUGAAGCCUGUCAGCACCAAGGGUGCCCGGGCCACUCCCGAUGCCUGGGAUCCCUCCAUUCAGCCUUGGCCUAGCCGGGACCGUGGUCGAGAUCCAGCUUGUUCUGUCACCAAGGGCCCCACGGACCUGGAGGCUGAGCUGGAGGGCAUCCAGCAGCAACUGCAGGACUAUCAGACCAUGAAGCAGAACCUCUCGUCCUGCCAGCGGCAAGCAAGAAGCCUGCGCCGGUGGCUGGAGCUGAGCCACGAGGAGCCCAGGCCGGAGGACCAGGAAGCAGAGCGGCAGGUGCAGGAAGAACUACAGGAGGUGGAGCGGCAGAUCCAGCGGCUGGCCUCUGAGCUCCAGGCCCAACGCCAGCCCGUCAGCGCCUGCAUCGCGCGCGUCCAGGCCCUGCGGCAGGCUCUGUGCUAGUCACUGGCCCGGGGAGGCCUCAGCCCACCUCCAGGAACAGAACGCAAAGCUGCAAUGAGUUUUAUUUUUUA